AUGGAUAUUGAAAACAUAUUACCAUACCUUAGUACCCUGCCUUUGUUUACGUUACGUGGUUACCCAGCGUACGGUACCAAGUAUUCCCGUAAGGCUGGUGGUUGGGAUGUGGGAUAUCCAAUCUACACUGCCUGCCAUCGCCCGUCCACAAUCAGCUAUGGUAAGGCCUCCAUUCGCUACCUAAGCCUGUACCCGCUAACCCUCGGAACAGGCAAUGACAGUCAGGGCCCCGGGCUUCUCUCCCCUGGAUCACUAAUACCCUCGCGGCCAUCUGCUUGCCGAUCAACUGUUCUCACCAGUCAUCACGGGGCAGCACUCUCAGUAUCCGUACGAACACUCCGUACUGGAGCUGCACUGCAGGCUCCGCAACUUGCUCCUCCUCCGCCAGCAUCCACUCCAAGCUCCUCUUUACUCGGCGAUCUCCUCUUCAGCUCCAGUGCCAUCACGGAAUAUUCCAAGAUCUUUCUCAGCUCUGCCUCCUCUGCCGGCCCUCAGCUCUACCUUACUUGUCCACUAACUAUCCCUCCCACAACAGUCCUUUCUUCUCUUUCUCCCGGGACUUCUGGUAGGAUGGAGGAUGGAGGUCCUGUUCAAUGCACCAAGCACCAAGCACCUGCAAAGCAACCUCGGGGGCUGCCCAACUAG